CCGAGGCCCCGCCCACUACGGGAAGUGAAGGGGUCUGCAGAAGAGCCUGUCUACUGCUCCUUCUGCAAGACCUUCGCGAGCCCCGGUGCGGGAACCCCAAAGACGCAGGGUGCCGAGCGACCGAGGUGAAGGGCUGCGGGAGGAAGUGGUCUUAGGGACAUGCCUGCAGAGAAGGCGUCAUUGUGCUCCAACGUGUCCCUGGAAGGUCAGUGCCACCUAUGCUGCUGUGAUAAACGCAGCCUUGUUCUAGGAGAGUUAGUGAUGAUGCCAAAGAGGUCCAGGAGGAGGGGUGAGGACUGAAAGGAGCAGAAGUGGCUGAGAGGAAGUACAGCACCCAGGAGCAAUGUAUUUGGGGAUGUCGGUCAGCUUAUCCUGUGAUGACUGGAGGAGUUUAUCAGUGAUCCAAUCUCAAAGAGAGAGGAAAGGAGAGAGACAUUGACUUGAGAGAAACGUUGAUCAGCUGCCUCUCGAUCAAACCAGCAACCGAGCAAACCUUAGAGGAGGAGACGAAUGGGCCUUCUCAUCCCUCCUGCAGCCUGCACUUCUAAGCUUCAUCUAACACGUGAAUGGAUGGACAGAGACCUUAUUAUGGUAGAGGAGCAACUUAAAAAUCAAAAUGCCACUAAGCGCAUCACGUAGAACCAUGAAACCACUAUCACAAGUACCUGAUGCUUGGUUAACAUUUGGUAGUAAUGCCUUACUUACCUGGAUGGCUGCUGUUUUUCUGAAGAAGUUACCAUUACGAACCAUGACAACUGGAAACAGUUGCCUUAGAAGAUGUUUGGGGAAGUACACCGUGCAGACGAUGGCACCAGCUCAGUUGGCCCGUACUGCCUCUGCCCCAAGACUGGCCUAUCUAAUUCAUGCAAAAGCUUUUAGUACAAUUGAAGACACCCAGGCUGAAAGAAAAAAGAAAGAAAAGAAUGAAAUUGAUUUUAGUAACGUUGGAAGAAAAAUCAGUGAGCGAAUUAUUCAUUUAUUUGAUGAGCAGGGCAAUGAUUUGGGAAACUUGCACCGAGCAGAAGUGAUUCGGCUCAUGGACGAGCGUGACCUGAGACUCGUGAAAAGGAAGCCCAGCGCCGAGCCCCCUGAGUACCAGCUCAUGACAGGCCCGCAGAUUCACGAGGAGCGGCUGAGACAGAGAGAGAGGGAGAAGGCGAGACCUAAAACUGGACCGACUCUGACAAAGGAACUAACGUUUUCUUCAAAUAUUGGACAACACGAUUUGAACACAAAGAGUAAACAGAUUCAGCAAUGGAUUGAGAAAAAAUACAAAGUUCAAGUUACUGUGAAGAAAGCCAAGAAUACAGAGGAACCAGAAAAUAAAACAGAGGAGAUAUUUAAUCGAAUCCUCCAGACUAUGCCUGGAAUAGCUACCUUCUCCUCCAGGCCACAACCCAUUAAAGGAGGAAAAGCUGUAAUGUGUGUUCUUCGUCAUUUGAGCAAAAAAGAAGAGACUGCAUAUAGAGAGACUCAGCAGACCCAGGAAGGAGAGCCUUUGAGCAAAAGAAAUGGAAACACAGAAUCAGAUGUUCUGCAUCAGUGAUUAAAGAAAAAUGUGCUUUUGAGAGAAAAUACAGUCAUACCACAGUA